AUGACUGUUGAAUUCUAUCCAAUAGUAUUCGGAUUCAUUGAUCAAUAUUUAUUUGAAAGCAUACCGCGUCAAGUAUUAUUUAACCAACAAUUAAAAAUAAUAGACCAAAUUUGUUUACCUAAAAAAUCUAAAGAUUUCAGUGAACUAAUACCAGGACAGCUCAAAACAUACAAAUUUGGCUUUGAAAAUGAAUUAGAUUAUCGUCGAUUAUACAGUACAGCAUACUUUGCAAUUACUAUGAAAAAAGGUGGAUGGGAUUGCAAUAGACAUUACGAAAUAAUAUCAUCAGGUACGAUGCCUUUUUUUGAUCAAUUAAAUAAAGCAGGAAAUUAUACAUUAUCACUUUUACCAAAAUCAAUUUUAUACGAAGCACAAACGAUUCCAGGUGUCAUUCGUUACAAUAUGAGUAUCAAUCAUCAAUUAUUUGAUCUUAAUCAAUAUAAUAUUUUAUUACAUCGCUUAUAG